AUGGACUAUCUUAUGUCAUUGCCUUGCUUUGCCUUGCCUUGCUCUACAAUAUCCUGUUCAGAUCCUGUCGUAUUAACCCCCCUUACACGCCCGUGGACCAUGGCUCUACCCUGGCCUAGGUCUUCCAGCUGAUGGAGACUCUCAUCGGCCAAGCUGGACCACGGAAGAGGCCGACAUGAGCAUCCAUUCCCUGGGGUUUCCACAUUCACAGGCCGGGAAAGCCUAGACUGAAUCUGAUGCAGGCAUCCUCGCCGGCUCUCCUGUACCUGAUCCUGUACCUGAUUUCCCGUACCCGACUUUCCCCUAUUACUUCGUUACCUCAUGUGGACAAACAACAAAGCCAUCAUAAUCUAUAAUAACCUCUUUCGCCAACCUUCUUUCAUCUCGUUCCCACCCCCCCUCUUCCCUCCUCACGCUCGCUUCCCCAAACUCACAACUUGACUGCCAUUAAGACAAUUCUCCUCCCCUUCCAGUCUUCUUCUUCAAGCAUCUUCAAGUCCUCCCAACUUACCCUAAUACCAACCUUCAAGAUGCGUUCAUUCGUUACCUGCACCGUCCUGGCCACCGUCGCCUCCAUGGCCGUCGCCCAGGUCCACCCUCGCUUCGAGUACCCCGACUCCGUUCCCGCCGUUGAGAAGCGCCAGGAGCCCGGUACCCCCCGCUACCAGUGCCACGAGGACUGCGGUCUCCUCAUCACCCUCGGCCGCGAGGACGGCUUCUGCACCAACUCGGAGUGGAACGAGCGCUACGGCCGCUGCAUGAGCUGCGCAAACACCUACGCCAUCUGGAUGUACUACUCCUCCGGCGUCACCUCCGCCGCCGCAAAGUGCGGCCUCUCCCCGACCCCCAGCCCCUCCGGAGGCGCCGUCGAGACCACCGCCGCUGCCACCACCGCCGCCCCUGCCCCGGCUACCACCACUGCCGCUCCCGCUCCCGCCACCACCACCACCGCUGCCGCGCCUCCGGCCGUGUCUUCCAGCUCUGCCGCCGCUGAGUCCUCGGCCCCUGCCGCCUCCACCUCCGCCGCCGGCGCUCCCGCCACCACUCUGUCUACCGCCGCCUCUGCCUCUGGCUCCGCCUCCGCUUCCGCCUCCGGCGCCGCGACUACCUCUGGCGCCGCUGCCGGUACCUCCGCGGCUACCGUCACCCGCGUCACUUCCAUCGGAACCUCUGUCGUUAUUCCUUCCGGAACUGCCACCCCCAGCACCCCCGUCUUCGCCGGUGCCGGCAAGAACGCCGCCGCCAUGGGUCUCGCCGCCGUCGGCCUGGCCCUCGCUGCCUUCUAAGGGAAAUUAUUAUCCUUUGGGAACGAUUUGAUGGAAAGAAAGCUUUUUUGAGAGGAAAAUGUACAUAGGCGAAGGAUGCCAACCACAAACUUUAAUAUUCACCGGAG